GGGGACUUUUUUGGUAUCGCAAUAAAUUCCUAAUCCCAGAAGAACAUUUCCAGGAAGUGUGAAACAGCAUCUGUGUAACGUGGAAGCAUGUUUACAAGUUCUAGCUUUCCUUUUUCACUGUCACACUUGGCUAGCACGGUUGACAAACUCGCCGACAUCUAAGGAGAUAAUAACAGUAAGAUUUUCAAGAGAUAUCAUCGAAGCCCGAGUCGUAUUUCACAGUCGUGCAUAAUAAAUCAUAAAGUGGUAGCGGAAGUAGCCAAAAUGCUGCCUAGCUAAGUAGCUAACAGCGCCGAUAUCUACCUGCAUGUUGGGAACAAAACCCUUCUUAAUUCUCCAGCAGUUUGUGGAAAUCUUGUCCACAUAUUGUAGCUCGUCGUUGUAAUUUCUACUCAUUACUGCGCUUUAUUCCAAAAGAAGUGCGUUUUUAAUACUCCGCAUUAGUUGCUGUCCAGUGACACCAAGUGGCAUUUCGACGGGAUGCUACGGAAGCCCGCUAGCAUUUAAACCCUGCAGCGCCUGCCACGAUUUGAAACGCCGUGGUAUAGUUUGCUGAGUGUGAGUACUCUUACAACAAUAGCAGUUUAUUAACUGCACUUAAGUGUGUGAAUUUUCACCAUAAAGUUUGUGGGGAACAUUUGUGGACAGGGUUGUGUUUUUUUUCAUUCGCCGUGCCGUAGAUGUAGUUCUUUACGACAUUCGCCGUGCCGUAGAUGCAGCUCUUUACGACAUUCGCCGUGCCGUAGAUGUGAGUACACUUGCAGGCAAUAGCUGUAUAGUUAACUGCACUUAAGUGUUUCUAUUUGCACGUAAAAGUAUUUGGGGGACAUCUGUGGACAGUGUUGUGUUUUUUUUUCAUCCGCCGUGCCGUAAAUGUAGUCGUUUACGACAUCCGCCAUGCCGUAGAUGUAGUUCUUUACGACUUUGUGCGGGAAGGGGUGGAAUAGAAAUGACCCGGAGGAGAGCUCCGAGUGAGAGUGUGCGGGGCCUCGUUUAUAAGCCCUUUUUUAUUUUAUGAAACCGGAAGUUGUUGACGGAAGAAGCUCAGACCCAAAGCUCGCGUGUGUCGUCUUCUGAUCAGCUGACGAUGAAAACAACGUUCGUGACUCAUGAGAAAUAGCCAAGAUGGAGUAGCAUGACACGACACGAUGACACGACGAUGAAAGGUGAUAAAUCGUGACGUGUCGUGUCAGCAUGAAGCUGCGUGUCCGCAUCCGCAAGCAGACCUGCAAAGUGGACCUGUUCGGACCCGAGUCCACUUUGAAGGAGCUGACGGAACACAUCCAGGGCGUCCUGCUGCCCUCCCACGGCCUGAGUCGGGACGUGGAGUUCGGUCUUUCUCUGAACGGCGCCGAGCUCCUUUCUGACGCGGGCCAGAGGCUGUCCACCUGCGGCGUGGUCCCCGGAGAUCUCAUCCGCGUGUUGCUUCCCGGCGCCGUGGACGCUUCGCCAGGCAAGCCCCCCGCCGAGACGACGACGGCCGGCGGGCAGGCCGGGAUGACCUCCAGCGGGGGCUGUGGCCCCGCCCCCUCCGACCCAUCAGAGGCGUCGUGCUCCUCCGGCCCCCGAGCGCCGCCCGUCCUCAGUUGGGAACCCAUGCUGUGCGGCGAGGCCGGCGAAGGCCAGGCGCCGCGCUCUCUGGAGCUGCUCUAUCGCGGCGCCGCCGUCACCUGUCCCAGCGACGCCAUCGUGGUGGCCGCUCACCUCCUCAUGCUGGAGACGGGAUUCACGCCGCAGGAUAGCGAGGUGAAGGCCACGGAGAUGCCAGCUGAAUGGCGGUCGGGGGGUGGAGCUUACAGACUCCAGUACACGCACACGUUGUGCGAAAGGGGCGUGGCUACGGUGGUGGCGGUGCGCAUGAGGCCCAUGCUCAUCAUCGAAGCCAUUCUGCAGGUGGGCGACAGCGCCAGCAUGGCGGCUAAGAUGUGCGUGGACCCCUCCAGCUACGUGACGGAGGCGUGGCCAGGCGAGAGCGCGGCCGCCACCUUCCUGUCCCUGAGUCGACUGUCGCGAGUCUUCAAAGACCAGCUGGUGUACCCGCUGAUCGCCGCCACACGUGAAGCCCUCUCUCUGCCCGUGGCCUUCGGCCUGGCGGCGCUCCCUCCCGAGCUCCUCCUCCUCGUGCUGCGCCUGCUGGACGUGCGCUCGCUGCUGAGACUGUCGGCCGUCUGCAAGCACCUGCACGCCUCCACCGACGACCCGGCGCUCUGGAGACACCUGGUGCGCCGCGACUUCAGCGACCACAACUGGCAGGGAGAAACCAACUGGAAGGAGCUCUACAAAAGUUUCUACCGGUUCCGCCAAAAAGGAGGAUGUGUGGACCGGCCCUGCUCCCUCCCCCUUAUCCAUCGCCACAUCUUCAGUCCCGCCCCCUACUCGCCAUUCCCUGGCAUCAUCGGCGGCGCAUACGACCUGAGACCCGCCGUCCCCUACGGCGUGCUUCCCACACCUCGCUACGACCCCAUCGGUCCGCCUCUUCACAGCUCGCUGGACAGCGAGCGCCGACGGCGGCGCAGCGACCCCCGACCGCCGCCGGGUGGCGCUCGGGCGGCUGACGUCAGACAAGGGUUCAUCUGACCUGGCGCUGUGGGAAUGUGGCGGCCGGCCCCCGUUCCUGAACGUGACGAAAUGUUAUGUAGCGACGCUUCACACGACGCCAUCAUGGCGGGCUGCUGACCCUGAUGAUGAUGAUGAUGACAUCGGUUGAUGAUUCGCCGUUGCGUCGUCACGCUGAUGUUGAAAAGCACUUUGUCUGCAAAUAUGACUUUCUUGGCAAGAAUGUGAAAGAUGCUUCUGUUGCGGUGCCUUACAUUAAACUCAACGUUUCAUUGGAAUCAUUCAUUCA